GGGUUUAUGGUGUUUUGGUAACACAGGAAAGCAGAGAGAGAGAGAGAGAGAGAGAGAGGGGAAGAAGAAUGGAGAAUUCAAGAAGACUACAAGAAGAGUCGAAAAGUGUUUUGAGCGAAGGAAUUGAUUUGGUUCUGUUUCGUUGGUCAGCUCUUCAAACGGCUGUUGAGAACGAAUGGGGUGGUCGUGAAUCUCGUCUCAAAGCUCAACAACUUUCUUCUCACAUACUUUCUUGGUUCACUCAAUCCAAAGAGCCGCUUUAUAUUGAUGACUUAGAAGAGAUAUUGGAUCAAGGUAUGCUUUUGCUCAAUGUAGAGGUUGAAGAUGGCAGUAUUGAAGAGGUAGCUGAAAAACUAAUGGUUAUGCAUGAAGAAUGCUUAGAAGGUAAUUUUAAGUCUAUCGAGACUCUCAGGGAAGCCAAUCUUAAGCAAGCUGCUCAUCCUCGUGCAAUACAGAUUGUGAAUGAUGAUGAAGAUGACACAGAUGAAGAUGGUGAUAAUGAUGAAAACAUUAUUGGAGACAACAAUACUGCAUACAUGAAUGUGGAUACUCCAACAUCUGAAUUGAACUCAAAUUCAGUGAACAUGCAAGUAAAUGAGCCUCUGCCAGAAGUUGCAGGUGAAGCAGAUGAUGGAUGGGUUGUAGUGUCAAACAGAAGAAAUAAGGAUGCAGGUGUGGAUUUUGGUGAUUUUCAGGAGCGUAUUAGAGCAGCACCCCCUUCUAUGGUCAAAGAUAUUUACUCUUCCAAACGAGUUGCUGCUGAUUCUGCUGGGCCUGCACAAUUCAGAAAAAUUCCUCGAUUAAGGGUUAAGGAUCAAUUACAGAGUUUGGCUGAAAAACAAAAUGCACUUCAUGAGAGCUACAUAGCUGGAGUCAUGCUUUUGGAAAAUAUGUUAGUAAACAUUGGGAAGCGUAUGGGAAUGACCUCAAAUCAGAUCUAUGAUAUCCAGGCUGAAGACACUCAAUACCUCAGAUCCACUAUCUUUAGUGAUCUUCCUCCAUUCAGAACAGAUUAUUCUACUCCAGCAGAAGAAGAAGAUGAAUCUAAGGAACAUGAAGAGAGUUCAAAGGAAGAAGCAGCAGAUGAUUAGAUUAGGAUUUUAUAUUUUUUGUUAUUUUCCUUUUUGUAGUUAGUAGUAUUUUGGUUUUGUUUUUAGGAUAAGUACAAGUUUUUGCUUUCACUUUUUGAUAUUUUCAUGGUUGUAAGCACCUUUACAGUUUUAUUAUUUGGUAUUUUUCAGUUCAGUUUUCUUUGAUAAUCUACUUUAAAUAUUUG